AUGGGAAUAAACCAAAAAAAUUACAAUGUGAGUAAUAUUAUAGAUGAUAAUGAGAAAGUAAUUUUUAAUAAGAAUUAUAGAGAGAGCUUAUUUGAAAAUAAAUUAAGGUUUGAAUGCGAACUAGAAUUUUUACAAUCAUUAUGUAAUAUAGAUUAUAUAAAACAUUUAUAUGAUAAUAAAUAUUUUAAUGAUUAUAAUUUUAUAAGUUAUUUGAAAUAUUUAAAUUAUUGGAGAAAUAAACCGUAUAUAUUUUAUGUACAUUUUCCUAUAUGUUUAUAUGUAUUAGAAAUAUUAAAUAAUAAUAAAACAAAUAUAUAUUUUAAUCAUGCAAAUUCAUUUCAAAAUUUUAUUUAUUAUAUGAAGCUUCAUUGGUUAUAUUUUAAUUACCAAGUAUAG